AUGAAGAACGGUUGUAAUGAAACUUUGGAGGCUAAAGUUGCCGAGCGCACUGAACGAGCCAAAAAACUCUAUCGGUAUGUGAGCGAUGUAGCGAGGCGUAUUGGGGAAAUGACAGCAGCAAGUCUAAGCAUACAUGACCUGUUCUCUACACAGCUUGAGGUUCAGCGACAAAAACUACGCGAUAACUGUGAAAAACUAGUGUUUCUUGAUCCAACAAACUAUGGCAAAAAAUCCCUGGAACUACUAUGGAGAAAGGUUUAUUAUGAGACUGUCACAGCAGCAAAAAAGUUUCGAGAAACAGACAGUGAAAAUGAUAGCUACCUAUUUACUCACAUAGUAUGUGGUAUUGGCCAUUUCCAUCAUUUCAUUUCUAGGUUGGAAACAGAAAUGAAGGUCCAUCUUAAGGACUUAGAUUAUACUCAUUUACUUAAAGAUGAAGAGUUUAAUGAAAAUAAAGAUGCUCCAUCUGAUGAUGAAAUCUUAUUUAGUCGUUCAGCUUUGCAUUCGUGUCUAAUAUAUCUUGGAGAUCUAUGCCGAUAUCAGGUAGAAAUAUUUCAUGAUUUCGAUCCAUCAAUUGCAGCCCGCUAUUACCUUCAGGCUGCUCAUGUUGACAUGGCUUCAGGCAUGCCCUAUAACCAACUUGGAAAUUUAUAUCUUGACAAGAAUUAUAAUUUAGAUUCAGUCUGUUACUACAUACAAUGUCUAAGUUGCACUUCUCCAUUUGAUGGGGCAAUUGGAAAUCUUACAAAAAUAUUUGAGAAAAAUGGUCAGUGUUUAGAUUCAAACAGCCAUCCUGAAACAUUUACUCAAACAGAACAUAUACAAAAUACAAUAUCAGAUUUUUUGUCUUUGAUAGAAAUAUGGUACUUGAGUAAAAAUGAUACUAACAUACCCCAAAGAUGUGGUACUAUUGCCCAGGAGCUCAAAGUAGCAAUGGACUUUGUGAGAAGUCCUUUACCAGAUAUGGAUAAAAAUUACAAUGAAUAUGUACAAGCCCUUGAAGAGGAGGAGUCCAACCCAUCAUGUUUAAAUGCAAAUCUUGUACACAAAAUUGUGCUUAUUUGCUUGUUUACAAUAACAAAGAUAACUGAGACAGAUGAAGUGAAAGCUUUUGCUUGUAAGGCUUUUACCUUAGCCUUACUAUCACAAUUGCUUCAAAAACUUUUACAACAGUUACAGGCUCUUGGGCUUAAAAAUCCAGCCAGUAAGUACAAACCAAAACAUUACAUACAGCAAUACUCUGCUACUGAUUCAAAUGUAGAACAAGAUCAAAGAGAAGAAACUCCUGAAUUGGAAACAACUCAAGAUAAGGACAUUAAAACUAAUUCCAAGGAAGAUGUGCAACAUGUACCAGAAAAUAUAUCUGAAGAAAAUAUUGAAGCUGUACAAAAUGGUGAUCCUAAAACCAAUGCUAAAAAAACUGUAACAAAACGGAGGCGACGACGACGUCUUGCAUCUUCAGGUAGUUCUGAUAUAUCUGGAGAUGAUACAGAAGGCAGUGAAACAGAAACCUUUGAAUCAUGUUCUGAUGAUGAAGCUUUAUCUGAAUCUAGUAGCCAGUCAGAUGAUAUUGCCCCAAGUGAUGAUUCCUGUUAUGAACCUUCUGAUAAUGAAGAAGUUGCGAAUAUUGAAGAUGCUAUAGAGUCAAGUUUAAAUAAAGAAGACAAGAAAAAUAUACCAAAUGGUGACUUGGGUACAGAAACGGUAGCCAAAGAUGUAUCAAAUGCUAAUACAAAUAUUAACAAUGAAUUAGACGUACAGGGCUUGCAAAACUUUUUACAUGGUGAUAACUUUCUGCCCAGUAUCAAAUUACUUCAGGAUUGGGCACUCAAUGAAAAAGAUUUGAUUUUGUCUUGUGGGGAUAGUGGAGAAUCCCUUUUUCAAUGUGUAGUAGAUUUGCUCAAUAUACUAACAUUUUAUUUCAAUCCAAAAAGUAACGAAGCUAAAGAAUGCCAUAUUUUGGAAUAUACUAGAAGUGCUGCUAAAAAAUUCAAACUUGAAUAUAAAACUAUUCCACUUCCUGAAGACAUAAACUUGCGAGGUACUAACAUCUGUAAAUUUGACAAAGAUGCUGCUGAAUGGCAACUUUUAGAUAGAUACAAACUAUCUUUGUAUGAUGAAAAUAUAAUAAGGAUUCUAAAUUUUGUUGAUUUUGGAAAUCAUAUUGCAAAGAUAAUACCUCGCAUAAAAUAUAAUAGGUCACUCAAGGUAUUUUAUUUUAAGAAAACUCCUCAGCCCAAACUUAACACAAAAAUCAACCAUAAGAGAAGCAGAGAAUGGCACAACUCUAAAAAACCCCAUGCUGAAUCAAAUGAAGGCGGCUUAUUACGAAGACUGGGCCGUCUUUGGCUGGCAUCACAGGUGCGCGAGUUAGAACGUACUGGUCAGACUCCUGUACCUGCACUACUUGCUCUUGACACUGCCUCGCUACACAAACACUUAAGACGUGUGAAACAACUACUGCGCGCUCGGCACUUUAUACUUCUUAUUCCGUCUGUUGUGCUACAAGAGCUGGAUAAUUUGAAAAGGGAGGAAAGUACAGCUCGUGACGCAAUUCGUUGGCUUGAAGUUCAAUUGCGCAGUGGAUCGCGUUUCUUACGCGCCCAGCGACCUGGUCAAUCUAAACCAUUGCCUCUGUUGAAGUACCCACGGAAAGCUCCACCUCACAUUCAGAACUUUAUACAAAUUUUGGAGUUCUGCAACCAUCUCAUUGCUGAAGAUAAAAAUAUUCAGGGUGGUAAUGGAGACCCUGAUAGUUCAUUACAAAGUAAAUCUACACCAUUACUGAUACUGUUAGUUGGUAAUGAACGAGUUAGUGAUGAAGAGAACUACAAAGAAUUCAGUGUAACUGGUGCUGCACAUGCUGCAGGAAUUUCCGUAGAGUUUUUCGGUGAUUUCUAUACCAAGUGGCGCCAAAGUAUCCAUAAGAAUGGCAAAAAGAGAUGA